CUGGUCUUGACUCUCACCUGGCUGCUCACUGCUCGGGCUUUCGGUCAAUGUUCGGUCCACCACCGCUGGUCAAGUCUCCGGGGUUGCGGUGCGAUCAGCCACCUCAGUAAACAACAUCCCGUGGCAAAGCAGCCACAAGUGUCGGCCGAUCAGCCCGGGAACAGACUGAGGAAUCCCAGCCCGGCGAAGAUGAUGAGGUUUUUGCGGAGGACGUUCGGGCGCCGCUCGGUUCGCCGCUACAUGGAUGAGCGAGAUGGCGGAAGAGGAGGCGGGAAUAGCGGAGCUCGGGAUCUAGCAACAGUUGCCGGCGCUGGAGUUCGAUCCGCCACACCUGUGCCGACUGGCACCAUGGUGCACAUCCCCGCGGCAGGCAACAGUAAGUCGGUUCUGACCUGCAGAGUGCAGCUUUUGGAUGGGACGGACGUCAGUGUGGAACUGCCGAAAAAUGCUAAAGGUCAAGAUCUAUUCGACCAGAUUGCUUACCAUUUGGACCUUGUAGAGGUAGAAUACUUCAGCUUGCAAUUCAUGGAUGCCUUUCAAAUUUCACACUGGUUAGACUCUACAAAGCCCAUCAAGAAACAAGUAAAAAUUGGACCUCCUUAUUGUUUCCACUUCAGAAUAAAAUUCUAUUCCUCGGAACCAAACAAUCUUCGUGAAGAGUUUACAAGAUAUCUUUUUGUGUUGCAACUCAGAGAAGAUAUUCUUUGUGGCAAAUUGAAAAGUCCUUACGAUACUGGUGUAGAGCUAGCUGCUUAUUGCCUUCAAGCGGAGCUGGGAGACUGUGAACCUCUUGAACAUUCUCCAGAACUGGUGUCAGAAUUCCUAUUUAAUCCCAAUCAAACUGAGGAUAUGGAGAUAGAUAUUUUUGCACGGUGGAAGGAUUGCAGGGGGAAAAGCCCAGCACAGGCAGAAUUAUGUUAUUUAAACAAAGCUAAAUGGCUAGAAAUGUAUGGUGUGGACAUGCACACUGUCAAGGGAAGAGAUGGCUAUGAAUAUUCCCUUGGCUUGACACCAACUGGCAUAUUGAUCUUUGAAGGAUCAAACAAAAUAGGCCUGUUCUUUUGGCCCAAAAUUACCCAGUUGGACUUCAAAAAAAACAAACUAACACUUGUUGUUGUGGAGGAUGAUGAACAGGGUAGAGAACAGGAGCAUACAUUUGUUUUCCGGUUAGAUAAUUCCAAAGCAUGUAAACACUUGUGGAGAUGUGCUGUGGAGAAUCAUGCAUUUUUCAGACUACGAGCUCCUACCCAAAAUAAAGAGGGACGAUCAGAUUUCAUGCGUCUGGGAUCUCGAUUUAGAUUCAGUGGUCGAACUGAAUAUGAAGCAACACACAAAAGUAGACUGCGCCGGACAAGUACAUUUGAAAGGCGCCCAAGCAAACGCUAUCCCUCACGACGACAUUCCACAAUUAAAGGUUCAAACGUAGUGAAAUAUGGACAUGCCAGUUCACAGAACAAUGCAGGAAUUUGUGGAUACCAGACUCCAUAUAUGUGCAACAUUCCCCCUGUACAGCAACACUGGCAUUCCAGCAAUGUAAGGCCAUCGCCCCAUGAUGACAGGCACAAAUAUUACAACCGGACACCAUCGCAGGAAGGAAAUGGCAGAAACGCAAGAUAUGUUCGAGAGCAGAAUAUGAAGAACAUGGGAGGCAGGAAGCAUAGUGUUGACCAAGAUAAACUCAUGACUACACUUUGAAAAAAUGGCAAUAUGUUCAUCCCACCCUAUGAUUUUGAACCCCCUUCCAUUCAUGUUGCAACCAGAAUUGUCUUGUGAAGAAAAAAUACUAAAAGGGGAGAAAAACUGGGAAACUGCAUUUUUUAAGCUUUAUGUACAAUUUUCUCUAGCCAUCUCUGCAUGCUUUAAAGAUGCCAAUCACUUUGGUGUAUUACAUCGCAAUUUUUCAGUAUUUCUAUGAAACAUUUACAAGACAAAAUUAGGCAUCCUGGGUUUUGUUUGAUACACCAUACAAGACUAACAGAUUGUUUUUCACUAUGUAGUAAUGGCAGAUCUCCUGGAAAAGAAAUUUUUGACCAGGAAAAGUAAUUGCCAAAGUUGAGACAUUCUUGAAGUGAUGAGAGCUUACACUUAUUGUAAAAUCUGAUCAUGGUACAGGGGUUGUGUUAGUGGGUUCAAAUUGUUAUACAAAUAGUGAUUAGAGUAUCCAGAUGUACUUUUGUCAAGUUUUCUGCCUUGUUUCUGGAAGAUUUUAUCUGAAGGUGCACGUUGAGAGCUCAGUAUCUGUUGCUCUGUCACUGCUCUGUAAAUAGAUGGAUCAGAAAGCAUAUGUUGUGGCAAAAUGGUGUAAGCUGUGUCUUGCUGCAAACUUUUUGUUACUAGAAAUCAUUCAGUUUUUUCUGAUUAAUGCUGAAUUAAGGCUGUGUUACAUUAGUCAAAUUGUCUUUAGAAAGUUUCUUUUUAUACAUUUUAUAUAUCCUAUUUUCCACUCCAUUCUUCCAUUCUUCUGAGGCCUCGAUGUGUCAUGCACCACACUCCUAUCAGGAAGUCAGAUGGGUGGAACUUGCAGUUCAGCUCUCUACCAGUACCACUUUGCCACCAGCUGGCAGUAGAUGCACUAAAGAAGAUCCAGGAUGACUUAAAAUAUGUUAAAAAAAAAAAACAGGCUCCUCAAUGGUUCCAAGGACAAAUGUGUCUGAGUGGUAGUAAUAAGCCAUACAGACCAGGAAGUUUCCAAAUUCAAUCUGUGUUGAGUAAGCAGAUUUCAGCCUAAGGUAUUGAGGGAGCACUAUACUUAGCCCCAACACACCGCCCCCCCCCCCCUCCACCGCCUUAGCAAUUCCCAUUAAUGCUCAUUAUACAUUGACCUUUGCUAAAAGCAUGGGUGACAACAUAAUCAAGCUCAUCUGUGAUAACUCCUUCCAUUUCUUGUCGAUAUCUGCUGUAUUGACUGACAUGAAGGUUAGCCACUUGGGCAAUUGCUCAGGUGUUGGCUUAUGUGAAACUAUGCUGACGUCACUUUCAGGAAGAGAGAAUAGAAAAGGGAAGAAUAUUGGGAGAAGUGGGGAAAAAACAAUAUCUAUGCAAGAAAGCAAGCUAUUGUGUUUCUUAUUGAAACAGUGGGAUUGGAGGCUGACUAUAUGGAGAAUUGAUGUUGGGAACCUGUACGUUAGUACUCAAUCACACAGUGGUUUGGAAAUGCAGUGUGUUAUGCUGCUUUGAUUAAAACUUACUUUAACAAAUAACUUGAAAACUAAAAGUCAUGACAUCAGGCCAGCUGUUGUGAGUGUAAUCUAGUACUAAUCAUAUGCCUGAUACAAAUUACCUUUCAGUUCUUUCCUAGAAGAAACAAGCACUGAGUUAUAUUUUUAAUCUUUUAAAGCUCAUUAAUUUUGAUGUGAACCUGUUGCUGAAUGCACAUUUGAUGAAUAAGUUUUUAUUUUUUUCUGGUGGCUUAAGAUAUCUUGUUUAUUUUGUUGCAAUCAUCAAGUAGAAUAUUCAAGAGGAAUCAGUUGGCACUUGCAUCCCCUCUAGGACCUAGUUUAAUUAUGUUAUCAGCUGCCUUCAUACUUGCUGAAGCUUAUAGGAAUUGCUCAAAACAAAAAAAUUGGGUAAGCUGAUUUGCUAAGAGCAUGAUCUCUAUUAACAUCAAGUGAUUUUAGUGCAACAGGCAAAAUAAGUCCAUUUCUUUUUAAAAGGAAGCAUUUCGCAAGCCUUUUAAUUUGUCUUUGGGGGUGUUUAUACCACCUUAAAGGAAACCUUCAGACAAACUGCUAUGAAUGCUUGUUAUGGAAACUUCUCUGUAAUAUGUCAUCUUGAGUCAUUUCUCAAAACCUUUAAAUAAAAUUUUCUUCCCUUCCAUCCCUACAAGACAAGUCCUGUGCUACAUGAUGACUAUUUGGUGAACAAAUUAAAUGAACAUUAUUUCUUACCCAUCACUUAGUAACGGUCAAACCUUUAUAAUCUGUGAUGCUUUGAAUUGAGACAGUGUGGCAAAACAAUCUUGUGUUCUGUUAGUCAACCUGCAGUAUGUAAAAAGGUGUAAAAAAAUUAUGGUAAAAAGUAAACAACUUGUAAUUUUGCUGCAGGAAGUUAAUAUGUUUUAUCCUGACCAGCAUUCUCAAUUUGCUAUUGAAAGUGAAGUAAAUUUUUCACCCUCCCCCCCAGCACAGAAAGUUAAUUAAGCGAGAUCCAAUAGCAGUGCCUAUUGUGUGCAUGUGGCACAAGUUGUGGAUCAGCACCGUGAGUGUGGGGUUUUUUGUCCUCUCCCUUGCACUUUUUUGUAUUUAGAAUAAUAUUACAUAACCUAAUAUUCACCUAAGCUUAUGGCCAUUAAGCCAGCUGAGAUUACAUUGACUCUUAUGUAAUUGCCUUUUCCCUCCCCAAUAAAGCACCCUUUUUCUCUCCAAGACUUAAACAAACUGAAGAGGAAGUGAACCUAGCCAUUUGUAAAAUUGUUAAUUUUAACUCCUGUAUGGAACUUUUUAAAUAUCCAAAUCAUCAAUUUGUGGGCAAUUUUAUCAAAAUUGUACUAUAAUACUCAUAACUAUGACCUUAUUCUAUAUUUAACUAUAGUUUAUUGUAUGGGCUGGGCAGAAGCAUCUUAGGAAUUGCUCUGAACAUGUCUUCUGGGCUUUUAUGAUUUGUUUCUGCUGGGUAUUGAUGAUAGUGAGUCAUUGAUAAUUAUGUAACUGCUGCAUAGGUCCUUGAAUUGGUUGCUGUAUAAGAUUUUGGAAGAGUUUAUUUUUUUAAAUAGGUAUUUCAUAUAAAUGUGAACUUAGACAUAGAGAGCAAGAAAAUGUAUGUGUAUGCCUAGCAAUUAAAAUACAUGAAUUUUG